CGCACACACGUACAGUGCGAUAUGAUUUAUGAUAUAUAAAUAAUAGGUGACUAUGUAGUACGAGCAUGAUCAGCAACCCCGCGUGACCACAACCACCACAACAAUCACAUCGAUUUCUCUACCCCGAUGAAACGAUCAGUGUCGCUAGUUCCUUCAGAUGGUUAGUAGCUGUCAGGAUUUGAAUUACAAUUAGAGCUACAUCGAGCCAUCAAAAGGCACAUCGGAGAUAUGUUAUGUUAGCGGUCUUUUUCAGUAGAAGUCUCCAAAUUCGAUUAGGGCAUGGAGAGACAAUUAGAAGCCACCCCAGAGGCAGGCAACAUAGACCCGAUUCCAUCUACUGCAGCUACUCAUGAAGUACAUUCUUCAGUAACAACCAGUAGCGCUAAUGAUACGGAACGGCUCGAGGAAGCAACGGCUUUACCAGAUCAGUCAUUGACAGCUCGACCAGGAUUUUCGCCAAAACCAUCAAGACCAGCCGCAAGUGCACGCUUCAGUGUACUAACUAAAUCCGGACCAAAAAAAAAGAAAGAAAAGGGGAGAAAAGCUAAAAGUUCUGGAGAUCUAAGCAAAGAUGAAACACUUUCACCAACUGCAUCUCCGCCAACUGUUAGUCGCCGGAAAAAGCUGUGGGAUAGUUUUCGAAAAUCCACUGAAAGGAUACGUGGGAAGAGUCGAGAACGCAAAGGCAUCAAAAGUGAAGUUGAAAACCUCUGUGGAAGUCAACCGAAUAUUUUUACCACAUCAAACCUGAAUAGGAAUUCUCCGGACUAUGAUGUUCUUUUUGCACCUGUUGAGUUGCAGCACAGAAUCAUGCAAUUAAACGGAGAACAUAGUCAUAGUGACCCGUCACUAACUCCUCAAAUAGCAGACCUACAACAGGAUACUUUGCUUCAACAGAUACAGUCUGAUAGUCAAGAUAUUGACAUAGACAGUGAAAUAUCUGUGGUUGAAAAUACCAUCCCUUCCAUACAGGAAGGUUCAUCUCGACAACAUCAAAGCAACCUUUUGCAGCAUCCAUUCUUUCAACUUGUUGUACUACUCCAAGAAGGAAGAGAUCUUGUAAUACGUGAUAGUUGUGGAACAAGUGAUCCAUAUGUCAAAUUCAAAAUUGAUAGUAAACUACUUCAUAAAAGCCGAAUAAUAUAUAAAAAUCUUAAUCCUCAUUGGGACGAGAAAUUUACAAUCCCAGUUGAAGAUGUUUUAAAGCCACUUAGUAUAAAGGUAUUUGACUAUGAUCGAGCAAUGCAUGAUGACUCAAUGGGGUCAGCCACUAUCGACCUUACCACAUUGGAACCUAAUGUGACUGAGGAAAUGAAAGUUAUGUUAUCUGAAAAAGGAAAAUCAACUUAUAUGGGCUACCUUAUAUUACAAUUGACUCUCACCCCUAAGACUCAAACAGAUAAAGAAAAUAUUGUAAUGAAGGAUUCAAAGGACAGCACUGAAUCCAAGUUCUAUCGAAGAAGCACUAAACUAACAGAAACUGCUCGUAAAAUGAAGAUGCAAAUUUGGAGCAGUGUAGUGACUGUUGUGUUGGUUGAAGGAAAAAAUCUGUUGCCAAUGGAUGACAAUGGCUUCAGUGACCCCUACGUCAAAUUUCGUUUAGGAAAUGAAAAAUAUAAGAGCAAAUUUAAACCAAACACAUUAAAUCCUCGCUGGUUAGAACAAUUUGACUUGAGAAUGUAUGAUGAUCAAACAAAGUGUCUUGAAUUAACAGUGUAUGACCAUGAUGUUGCUGGAAAAGAUGAUUUCAUGGGAAGGGCUACCAUAGAUCUGUCUAACAUCAAAAAUGAAGAAACACAUGUAAUUGAACAACAGCUUGAGGAUGGAGCAGGCAUGGUUAAAAUUCUUUUAACAAUCAGUGGAACAUCAGGCAGCGAAACUAUAUCUGACUUAGCAAAUUACACUCCUAACCCAAAAGAAAGGGAAGAAAUUGUACAAAAUUAUGGCUUGCUGAAAUCUCUGAGUAAUUUAAAAGAUGUUGGCUGGCUCCAAGUGAAAGUAUUUAAAGCUCAAGGUUUACUAUCUGCUGAUAUUGGUGGGAAAAGUGAUCCGUUUUGUGUUGUUGAAUUAGUAAAUUCUCGACUGCAAACACAAACUGAGUAUAAAACACUCAAUCCCCAAUGGAACAAGAUCUUCACAUUUAACAUUAAAGAUUUACAUUCUGUAUUAGAGGUAACAGUUUUUGAUGAAGACAGAGAUAAAAAAGUUGAAUUUCUUGGAAAAGUAGGCAUUCCUCUAUUAAAAAUCAAACCAGGAGAGAGAAAAUGGUAUGCCUUAAAAGAUAAAAAAUUAAUACGGAAGAAGAAAGGGAAAAUAUUAAUAGAAAUGGAUAUUAUAUUUAACCAUAUAAAAGCAGCAAUUCGUACUGUGAAUCCCAAAGAAGAUAAAUAUAUGCAAGCUGAACAAAAAUUCAAAAUUUCAGUAAUGAAGAGAAAUAUCAACCGAGUCUCUCAGAUUGUAUCUUCUUUUGUUGAAACUGGAAGGUUUAUUCAGAGUUGUUUUGACUACGAGUCUAAACCACGGAGUAUCACUGCCUUUAUUGUUUAUGUUAUGGUUGUAUGGAACUUUGAACUAUAUAUGCUACCCGUUACACUACUCAUUAUAUUUAUCAAAAAUUUAAUUAUUGCUAUGGUUAUGGACAAUUUUGUUAAAGAACCAUCUUCAGAAGACUAUGUAGAUGACGAUGAAGAAGAAGAGGAGGAAGAUAAAGAAAAGGAAGAGAAAAAGUCCUUAAAGGAAAAACUACAAGCUAUACAGGAGGUUUGCCUUCAGGUACAGCAAACAAUGGAUAUGAUUGCUUGCCUUGGAGAAAGGGUAAAAAAUACAUUUAACUGGAGCAUUCCAUGGCUCUCUACUCUUGCUGUGAUAUUUCUGCUGUUAGGUGCCAUAAUCUGCUACUUAAUCCCACUGCGAAUGUUACUAUUGUUGUGGGGCAUUAACAAAUUUACCAAAAAGCUUAGGUCUCCGAAUGCUAUACCAAAUAAUGAAUUACUGGACUUCCUUUCAAGAGUACCAUGUGAUCUAGAACUGGUAUGUUAAAUCAUUUCAACUCAA